CUUUCUCUUUGAUCUAGUUCACAUGCAUGCACUCAUCACCUUUCUGUCCUUUUCUCUCCUUUUGCCGGCUCUGCAGUCCUAUUAUCCAACCACUCACUUCCCCACAACUCCCCAAGAUACAGCCCCCCCUGUUAGUGACACCUCCUCUGGUGUUUGCCCCAGUGGACCCCGCCUCCGGUCCCAAACUUGUCAAAGGUGAGAGGUGGGCCCUCCGUGGGCGCCAAGACCCCCGGGAGCCCCCAGAUACCUUUGAUUAUGACAGCAUUACUCCCGACCUGGAGAAUGAUGACAUGUUUACCAGGCGCACCCUGGCCUUCCAGUCCAACAUGGACCUGGCUAUGAUGAAGACUCACCUGUCUCCUAAACGUCGUCUCUACACGUCUGAGCCACAACUCAAUAUCAUCACCCAACGACAUGGCCACGACAGCACUGAGGAGAGCGAGUACCCAGAUAUCGAGCAGGACGAUGUGGUCUAUCGUAAGGAGAAAAGUCAGCAGGCUCAGCAACAGCGGCCCCUCUCAGGUGCCCCUGACAACUACCAUCCUAUGCCCAUCCCAGAGCCCUGGGCUCUACCUCCUGACCUCAAAGCCAGACUCCUGUGCCCUCCAUGUCCUCUGACACAGGAAGCAGCAGAUAAUAAACAGAAUGAGGUUGAAAAGGAGAUGCGUCCAAAAACGGAUGACAUGCUGGUCCGGAAGCUUGGAGUUUGUUCUGAUCAUAACCAGGGAUCAGCCAAUCAGAUGACUCCAUCAGUGCCAUCUUCAUGUAGCGAAGGUGACCUGCAGAGGUGGCAGGCUAUCAGGGAAGCCAGUCAGCUAAGAUAUAAGAAAAGGCUCAUGGUGGAGAGGCUAGCUGCUCUGAAGUUGUAGAAACAGAUUGCUGUGACAGUGUCUGUUAGCUUCUCCUCAUGCUGUACACUUUUUUUGUCUCUAAUUUUUCUGUGCCAUUUUAAUCUUGAAAUAUUCUGUGCUUGAUGCUGAAGCUGUGUAGACUGCAUGUUUACCCAGCUUGAGAAGAUUUCCCCUGAUGGCCACAACAGUCACAGAUAGAAGUUUUAUUUUACUAAGCCUUCUGAAUUCACUGCUACAACAACUCUGAACUUUUGCUUGUUUUAAAUGUUUGUUGUUUCACUGAAAUUAAAGGUCCAAUCAAUUCAUAGGGCCAUUUAAUAUGGUUUCUGUACAAUGGAGAAAUGGUAUAUUUUACCAUAACACAAUAUAUAUACAUUUAGACUGAAAUACCAGAUUGUACUUUAAACUAUGUUGUUGUGUAUUUUGAUGUGUGAUUUGUGAACAAAAGAGCAUCAAUUCUCCAACAUCACUCACCAAAUUAUUUGUUACAUCAUGAGAACUGUUUAACAGACUCAAAUUCUGCAUAAUGCUCUUGAUUUUCCCAUCAGACUGAGUUUGCCUGUGAAUGGAAAAAAUAUUCAAGCUUAAUAAAGAAAAUAAGAGACUUUGUUAUCUUGUGAUGGAAUGCACUUAAUUGGCCAUCUGUCGGCCUUACCUUGCACCUACAGUGAUAUGGAUCUGACCAGAGUAUAAUGUUGUUUUUCAAAGUAAAAAAUAAUUUCACAUGACAUAUGAAGCUCAAAGUGCAGCAGUAUGAGUGUGUGCAAAGGUCCAACCCUGAGUAAUAACUAAACAUACCACGCUGACAGUACCAAGCAGUGCAAUUACAUGUUGAGGCAACAUGAAAGCCUAUAGAAAUUCCCCAUAGCUCUGAAAGAAGAUGCGACCAGUGUGGACUCCAUAGUAACUCAAACACAAAUCUGUACUGCAGUGUUUGCACAUGAACAGUCACACACAAGCAUGCACAAAGCAGCCAUUUAAGUCAAGGCCAUCUGGAUUUACUUCACUUCCAUAUGUAAAGCCAUGUUGCCAGUGACAUCAUCCUGGGGUCUCCAGAAAGGCAGCAUUGUUUAGAAAAAGAUACAAGCACAAUUCACCAGACAACUUUCAGGCCAAGGAAAGGUGAUACUCUGCUGUAAGCCUUCUGUAUACACACCCUAAAUUCUAUCCUCUUCAGGGAUAACCAGCAAAGUCAUGUCUUGACUGGGUUUAGAUAUAUUUGAAGUUCACCACCUGGAGAUGAGCAGGUUGCAGAGUCACUAAUCAGCCUCAGGCUCUUAAGUAGGACCACUC